AUGUGCGUCUCGCGAGACAAGACCGAUUACUCCCAGGCCCUCUCUGCCGCCGAUCACUCAGCAGCAGCUGCUGCUGCCGCCAUGGCUAACAUGUCCAAUGCCGAGCGUGGCUCGUAUGUCAACUUCGACAAGGACCCGAGCAGGACCGCGACUUACACUUCCGAGCACGACCUCUCCGAUCACAAACCUGCGUCCGGCGAGCAUGACAAUCUCAGCAGGACGAGAUCUUGGCGCAAGACGUUGGUGUUCCAGGUUUUCGCGCUCCUCUGGCUGGCGCCGAUGAUUUUCCUCCUGGUGAUUAACUUGCGCGGAUGGGUCAUCGGCCCGACGAUCUGGUGUCCCUCGAAGAGGUGUUCCGUCGACUUUUUCAAUUUCGAUACCAUCGGGGUGCAGAAGCAACUUCUCAGCUACAGCCAUGACGAUCACAACGUCCUCGGCGGGCUGCAGUUGGUCGCCAAAGCCCUCGAGGUCUGGUUCGAGACCAUCGCGGUCUACCUGGUGUUUCUCAUCACCAUGGACAUCGCCAGUCUCGAGAGCGGCUUGCCGAUCGGGUUUUUGAUGCGGCCUUUCGAGUUCUCCCGCGCGCCCUCGCUCUUCGACAAGCUGCUUUGGCGGAGCGGUCCACCACUCUUCGGGGCCAAGACCAAGAAAUCCAAAGCUUAUCGAACGAGGAUCUACCUCUAUAUCCUCAUGACCAUCUGCUUGUGUGCCCUCUGCAACUUGAUGGGUCCCUCCGCCGCCGUCCUUGUCCUUCCGGUUUUGCAAUGGGUCGACAUGCCCGACGUCGGAAACACACAGUUCGCAACCAUCAAUGCCGCUCGACCGCCGAGAUCCGACGCUUGGUUCUGGACCGCGGCGAGGGCAGCAGAUCUAGGCUGUUCGCCAUCUGCUCCAGCCCAAGGACAGUACUCCUGCGCCCAAACGUCAUUCGGUCUGGCGCUGGACUCUUGGGUAGCGUCGUACAUGUCGUAUGGCGCCGGAGGCACCACUCAGCAGUACUCGCUUUCGUUCGCAAUCAACUACACCGCUCCCUCGACAUCAUCGAUACUCGCUUCUCAGGUCAACAAUGCCGCCUAUUGGGUGCCCAGUCGUCAGACGGUUUCGGAUGUGAACAACGAUCUCAACGCCCUCCUUCUCGUCAAAACCGGGGCUGACGGCGACGCGUAUCGCAAGGCCAACGUUUCGCUCGACCCUUUCGAGUCGUAUGCUGCGUAUAACGGCUCCCUACAGGUGGACCUGCAGCGCAACGGCCCAAUCAUCGGUGCGCUCGUUUCCGAAUGGAUCGGUACCAACCAUGCCAAUUCCUGGACCACCGUCAUUGGCCCCGAUUUGCGGGUACGCUGCUACGAGCAGUACACCCUCGAAUUCCUAUCCAACAACGCGAACCCGACGACGUAUACCAAGUGUUUGAGGAUCGGCUCCGGAUGGAGCAGUACGAACAAAGUCGCCAAUUUCACCAUCCUCGGCAUAUAUGACUACAGCCACACGACCUUGGGGCCGAAUGUGACGGUCAACGUCUACUCUUCCGACAAAGCGGCAUUCUUCCCCGGUGGGAAAUUCCCGGAUUGGUUCCCAUCGGCAUGCCGGGUGAACGGCACCCUGCCCUCGGGCACAGACUGCGACUGGAACCGCCUCUUCCAACUCGACCCCUCCUCGCCGCUCGCCAACCGCAGCGUCAACGUCAACACCAUCGAGAUGCAGAUGCAAGACGGGGCCUCCUCCGCGAUGCUGGUCGCCGACUUCACCGCCUUCCUGGGCUUCACGACCUACGUCCUCGACCCAUCGCCGCUGACCAACCCGACCUCGAUCCUGACGACGACGAACAUCGUGCAGCCGCCGAACAAGGACCCGCUCGUCAUCGACCCGGCCUGGAUCCUCGCGGCCUGGUCGGCCAAUAACAACACCGUCAGCGCCCUCCACCAUCUCACCGGCAAAUUCCUCGUCGACACCCUCUCCACCCUCCUCACCGACACGCCCGACGACGACGACAAACUUAUCCAAGCCCUCAUGGUCCUCCUGCCCAUCGCCCAGACCCUCUCCCUCAUCGACUACGACGCCACCCCCAUCCCCUCCUCCUCCUCCUCGAAACAAUCCACCGCCGCGGACAGCGCCACCAACCCGCCGCUCCUGCGGAGCGCCCGCCUCUACGUCUGGGCCUACGGGAUCGGGUCCCGGACGGGGGUCCUGGGCGUGGUGGUGACGACGCUGGGGAUCGCGGUGACGGUGCUGCAGUUCGUGCUGAGCAUGUGGAACCGGCGGCCGUUCCACUCGACGACGAAGCUGGUCGUCGCCGCGCUCGAGCACUUCCCGCAGGAGGAGUUCCGCGAGAAGGAGCAGGACGAGUGCGCCGCCGCCCGCACCAGGUUCCACAUCAGCGACAACCACCACUCGGCCGGCAAGUUGACGUUCCGACACACCGGCGUGAUAUGA